GCUUUCCUGGAAUUCAUUCCGUUUCGGCGGGGCUGUGUGCGAGUUCAGUUCUCUCGCAUCUCCCGUCGUCGGUGUUUGUGCCGUCCGUCCGGUCCGUGGGGGAUUAGCGCUAUCCUAGCCCAAGAAAGAAAGAAAGAAAGAAAAAAGCAUCGCUUCCCCAACGCUGUUUGUUUUGUAGUGUAAGUAACCCGUCCGUACCUGUCCCGUGUAAAGUGUUCCGUAAUCUCGCAACCCAGUUGAGUGAAAUAUGAAUGAAAGCGUCAAUUUCCGAAACAGCCACCAAGCUAUCAGCAGCAUAGACCGUUGCGGCGAGUCGUGUUGAAUGUGGGGCACGGCAACCCCAUGCAAGGGGGCAGUGAAAGGGGAAGAAAAAUAAUAAUAAUACAACGUAUGCAUGCAGCCGAUCCACCGCAUACCAAGAGCCGCGCGCGUUCACUGUCCGCUGGAGUGGUGUGAGUGAAAACGUGUAGUGUGUGGUCCCCCCUACUCGCCUACUGCGCCCAACCCCAUCCGCCGUCGUUUUAUCCAUUUGUUGGUGGGUGUUUUUUUUGCACGCGGCAUCCAAGCAACAACUCCCCCCCCCCGUUGCUCCGUUUGCAUUUUGCUCGCGUGUUCAGUGUGUGCGUGUUUCUGUUGUUUUGUGUAGUGGUCGACGUCGUCGUCAUCGUUCCCGUGGAAUCGGCCUCCCAUUCCCCCCCCCCCCCCUGCACGUAAGAAGAAGAAAAGUCAAGGGGAGCCCGUUCAGGUGCGUCACCCUCGCGGUGUGUACGGUUUUGCUUGUAAAGGUGUGGUGUCCGAGUUUUGUGUGUGUGCGGUGUGUGACUAACCCCAAAAUUUAGGCCCCCAAACAACCGCAACAAAAAAACGGGAAGAAAGCUCAUGUUGGGGAGAUCGCAAGUGAGGCGGAUAAAAAAAAAAUAACAAAUGGAGAAAUAGCUUCACUCUCAACGUGUGUGUGUGCACUUGUGUGUUAGUGUGUAGUUCUUUUCACCGUUUGUUCUGCGGCGUGGCGUUUGUGUGUUGGUACGGUGGAGAAUGGCCGGGGAAAGCAAUUGAGAAGCCGUAAAAAGAAAAAGUAAACAUAAACCAUCCGCGCAUCAUCCCCCAGGUGAGCGCGUGCGUGUAUGUGCUGUUGUGUGUAUGUGAGCCUGUUGAACGUCUUCUUUUUGCCGCUGCUGCUGCUGCAUCGGGAAAUACAAAAGAUCACAUGGUCCGCGUCGAGCGUCGUGACACGGCCCAGUCAACAAUCAUUCUCCAGCAUGCUCGGUCCCUGGCUGUAGCCUCCCAUCCAUGUAGACACUCGAUCUAUGACAGGUCUCACUUCACCUGAUCCAGCCAUCAAGUUCGCUGUGCUCUCCUGCGCCUUAUGCCGAACUGGGGAUCGCUGUCGAACGCCUUCUUGGUCGGGCAUGAGUCCGGUCUCAUGACAUGCCCCAGCCAUCGUAUCAUGCCAGCCUUCGCCACUGUCAGGAUGCUCGGUUCGCCGUACAGUUCAGCAAACUCGGAUGGUCCAGGACUCGUGUCCAUAGAAGAUCACCGGGCGAAUCAAUGUGCGAUAUAUCUCACAUCUCGUGCGAACUCGAAGUCUUCUAGUUUUCAGCAGUCGGUGAAUGCACCGUUUCGUCGCGUCGCAGCAUUCAGUUCCAGUUCGAGCGAUUAGUUCUCCAAAGAAAAACCGGUCAACAAUUCCGUCCUGUUAUCGACGUCAGGGAACCUGGGACAGCUGUAAUUAGUGCUCGUCCCUCUCGGCUGGCGGUUCCUGUGUCUGGCUGGUGUACCUUUUCACCUUGACAAAUCACACCGGACAAGCAGGAAAACCAUCCGCCAAUAGUCAGCGGAGGGGCUAGAGGCGCGGAGUGCGCGGCCGUUUGCCGCAAGAAGCGAGGCGACGAACAACGCGGGGAAAGGAUCAACUCGCAGCGCGCGAGAUGCGACAGCAUUCGCGUGAACAGCUAGCAGCGGCCCGUUACCACCAACACCACCAGCGACAGCAGCAGCAGCAGCGACAUGGCGGGAAUUAAGCCGAACGUUUACGCCGUGAUAGUGACCUCGGUGGGAUUCCUCUGUCUGGUCAUCAGUGCGACAGCCGUCGGCGUGCCGGUAUGGGCGUACUACGAGGGCCGUGGAAUAGAGGAUCGUGGCUAUUUCGGUCCCUGGCAAAAGUGCCAGGUGCUCAGCUAUCGGGAACGGUGCGGUGAUAUUGGACGCUUCAAACCGGACGCCGUCGUGUUCGUGAGCGGACUGCUGGCGGUCGGCGGAUGCGCCCUAUUCGGCAUCUUCUGUAUCCUGAGCAUCAUCCAGAUAGCGAUGAUAUCGUCCCGCGAUCGCGUCUGCAUGAGCUACAAAGCACUCGUCCUGCUCAAGCUGGUCGCCACCAUACUGGCGGCCGGUCUGUCGAUAGCGGCCGCCAUCCUGUUCGCGCUGCAGACCGAUGACUACGCCCGCGGCUACCAGAUCACCCGGGGGAUCUCCUUCUAUCUGCAAAUUCUUGUCACCGCGCUGUCGCUUGCCCUGCUUGCGCUGGCCGCGUACGAUCGCAUCCUGACGAACCGGCCCGAUGGUGAUCCGACGAUGCUGUCGAACGCUACCGCUAAUGGACGAGGAGGAGCAGGGGCUCGCACCGGGUCAACGUACAACAAUCCCGGCUUUCGAGAAACAUCACACAAUCCAAAUGGCAUUGCAGUGACGGAUUCAUCCGGACGGCCGUACUCCUCCGGCAUGAACGGUAGCAUGCAGUCGGUCAACACCACCGUCACGACCGUCUCGAACGGUUCGACGAUCGGGUCCGGGUCGGUGACGAGGACGCCGCUACGAUCGAGCCUUAAGAAGCCCCGCCCGCCCAACUCGACCACGGACGGGUUGGGUAUCCGCAAUCCGGGCUACUCCGGCGGCAAUCAGUCGCCACGGAUGCAGCGCAACGGUAGCGUUAAGAAGGUGCGCAUUCAAACGCACAGCACAGAUGUUUAGUGAAUGGCAAAUUAGUGGGUAAAGAUUGUCAAUCGUCGAACACGAAUAGAGAGAAAGUGAGAGAGAGAGAGCGCGCGCGGGUGAAGACACACACGCACACACGCCCAAUCGCUCUCGGGUCGCUCUUUUCGCGCAUUUUUUCAAACAUUCCGUCCAAUUGGAAACCAUAAGCGUCCAGCUGUAGUAAGCUUACAGAGAAAAACAAGGUACUGAUUUGUAAAUAAUAGUAUUUAUGCGCAAAACUGUCGCUGUCGUUAUGCCGGCGUGUGCUAUCUUCUGAAACGCGGAACAAUCCAUAUUAGCGAUAAUCGAUAAUCGGCAGCAACAAAUCAAUCAAUUGGUAUCGGCAGCAGCACUAUCAAAUCGAAUUUAAGAGUAAGAGUUUAUAAGAGAGAGCGAGAGUGCAAGAAUCGUUAGUGUGUCGACAGUCAGAGGCACACGUGUAGUGCACUAUUUUCUUGCUUUCCUAUCUUAAAUUGUGUGGCAGACCGUUCCACUCACAUCAGGACCAAGUAACACAAUGGAUGCCUUACUUAGGUUGUUCUUAUUGGAAUGUGAAAGUAUUUUAGCAAAGCUCGUUAUUUCAUAUUAGAAAUAGGUUAAUCACCGCGUAAUCUCACGUCCCCAUUUUUCUCCACUUCUUGUUUGUGUGAAAAAUGUUUGCACCCGCUGUUUCGUAGUAUCAAUGAUAGUGUAAAGUAUUGGAUCCCAUUUACCGUCCAUGAUGUUUGUAAGGAUCGAUACCCGCUAAGCGUGAGAGUACUAGAGAGUACUCUAAUUGUGGUACCGGCGCACUUUUCUCACACGCGCAGCAGCCUUACGUUGGGCCAUUUGUUUUAAUUCACUAGCUGGUAAGCGUAGUUUUUAACUUUUCUCUUUAAACACACUACACACAUAUCCUGAGCGUAACAAUUAUUGUGGUCUUCCAAGUUUAUAAGCGUUAAUGUAGUAUCAUCGUUAGAAGCAAACAACACACGUUCCAUUACCAACUUGGCAAUACAUUCCGUCCCGAUGGAGAAGAGUAUUCUUGUUAAAUUAGUUAGCAUAGUUUUUAUUCUCUGUUUCCUGUGUACUCACGUUGUUAUACACUGUCGUUGUUCUCGAUGUUUGGUAGAAGAAUUUUGAAUCAGUUUAACAUUUUUAACAACACCGUCCACUAUGUUUUAAUGUUAAUGGUUUAGGUGUGAGACACCGGUUGCGAGACUGUGCUUUCGCAUCGGAUCUUAUGUCUUAGCCAGGUGUGUACUGUAUUCGCUUGUCUUAAGAGCAAUAGUUUGCAGCUAACUACGAUUCGCUGCUAUCGUGAGAUGUGGUGGACAGUGGAAAGGAUAAAAAAAAUACUGAUCUAGCAAAAUAUUAAAAUAAAAGACAAUGGCAAACACUGGUCAAGAAACAGGCGAAAAGUCGGUAGCAGCAGCACAUAGUAAUGGUAUGUGAAAACGUAUCUCACUGCACAAAGUACGAAUCCUUGACAUAAAAUACUUCCUUUUAUAGGUUUUCUCUAGAAAGAACAUCAGAUGUGUAAGUGUGUCUAGCAAUGAAGCACAGCUUUUGUUUUCUUUUAAAUCGAAGUUAAUAGAAACACACUGUUUAUUUGUAAUUAUCUCUAGCAUGCAAUGUCAGAAAAGGCAAUAACAAACAAGAAAAGGACCACGUGGAAGACAGUAGUGCGUUACUGUGAUUCAUUCAAAAUGAUCAUUCCAAAAUCUGUUUUUUUACUCUUCUAUUCGGUCUAAGUAAGCUUUUCUCUCGUAUUUCCGUUGUGUCGAUUUUUCAGUUGGUUUAAACCGUACCGUGGUGUGUUAGGGCGUAUGAAAAA